AUGGCAGACCACGAAAUAGACCCGAGACUCUUCGCGAGUGCAUCCUCAGUGCAACCGUCGCGGCCGCAGAUCUACACGUCUGCACAGCAGCAAAACACCGGCCAUCCAUACUACCUUCCGUCACCCACCGCUCAACACCAUGCCCAAUCCCUCCCUCAACCCCCGCAGCUCUCACAGCUAUCGCAGCCUGCCCCACUAGGAAACAUACUCGAUCCCGCCCUCGAGCAGACAUCGCCAACCGGACCAGAGGCGUCGCACGAUGACGACGACCACGAGGACGAUGGUGACCACGAUGGCGCCCACGGAACUCCAGGUUCUGCCAAAUCCCCCGCCGACCUCAAGCGCCCCAGAGCAUGCGACUCAUGUCGAGGACUAAAGGUUCGCUGCGACCAAGAGCGACCGGACGUGUCAUGUAGACGUUGCGCCAAGGCAGGUCGACCUUGCAUUACGACACCACCAACCCGGAAGCGCCAAAAGAAGGCCGACAGCAGAGUCGCCGAACUUGAGCGCAAGAUCGAUGCAUUGACAGCGACAUUGCAUGCACAAAAGGCAGGCGCACCCGAGACCAGGCAUCAUGGAGGCAUACCACAACCCGGGGCCUCUGCCGAUUCUAUGCCUAUGCCGGUUGAAGGCCAGUACCGCAUGGGAUCACUCGAGCACGAUUGGUCUCAGCCUCCGGCUGGCAGGUACCCGGACAUACCGCCCGGCUACGGCCCAGCCCAGAAUAUGCAGAGAGCACCUGAGCCAAAGCGCAGGAAGCUGGACAACACAUCACACGCUACGAUCCCCGAGGACAUGGAUGCCAUCCAUCGUGACUUGGCAGAGCACCCGGAGAUGAAGCGGACCAGCAAGAACAAGAUUCACGCUGACCACUCGCACAUCAAUAUUCUAAUCGACAAUCUUAUGACGCCUGACAUUGCAGAGCGCGUCUUCUUUCGCUAUGUCAACGAGAUCUGCCCGCAUUUCCCAGCCGUGCCGUUCCCUCCUGGCACCACAGCCCGUGAAGUCCGAGAGAAGAAACCGCUUCUCUUCCUCGCUGUUUUGGCUGGAUCCUCGCACGGGAGCGCAGAGCAGUUGGUAUCACAAGAGACACAACGCGAGUUGACCAAACUCCUCAAGGACCAGCUUGCUGACAUCAUCUGGCGCAACGGGGAGAAAUCGCUCGAGAUUGUUCAGGCACUACACAUCUCUGUGCUUUGGUACCGUCCACCCCUCCACUUUGAGCAGCACAACUUCUACAUGAUGGUCAAUUGCGCUGCAGUCAUGGCUCUCGACCUAGGCCUUGGAAGAAAGGCAACACCAAAUGUCAUGAAGCUUUCGGUUGGUCCAUUCAAGAGGUUUCAUCCAAACUCUAGCAGCGUCGAGGCCCGCCGAACGUUCCUCGUCUGCUACUAUCUCUGUAUGAGUAUAACCAUGGUCCUGCGACGACCGAUUUUACUUCGCUGGACCAACUACAUGGCGGAGAGUGUUCGCAUACUUGAGACCUCGCCCGAAGCACUCCCAUCGGAUAGACUACUCUGUCAGCAAGUCAAGAUGGCGCACAUAGGAGAGAAGAUAUCGGUCGAGUUUUGUAUGGACGAUCCCUCGGUUGAGGUUGCCAUCUCCGAUCCCAAGGUCAUAUACGCCCUGAAGAUCUUCGAGAAUGAACUGAAUAGCUUGAGGGAGGAGAACGCCUCUUUGGGAGACGUCGAUCCAACCCUCCGCUUGGCAGAACAUGUCACGAAUCUUUACCUCCAUGAAAUCGCGCUGCAUCAGAAUCAAGGCUCUGCUGAUUUGCAGCCCCCUUACACCACGGAUGCACUAUCUCCGUCAGUCAUCAUUGCGGCCAAGAAAGACGGUCCUGUCGGCCCGGCACAUAUAGGCGCUCUGGGUGACUGUCUCACCGCUACCCAUGGUAUCCUAGACACGAUACUGAGUAUCGAACUAGACAUUCUCCUAACUCUGCCUGUGAUCUUCUGUGUCCGGGCAAUCUACGCCAUCGUCUGCCUGAUGAAGAUGUGGGUGUCGGUGACGAGCUCUGGCGAAGUAGGGAGCAUCAUCAAGAAGGAAGAUCUUGAAAUCGAGGCCUACACCGAACAAUUGGUCUCCAUGUUCAACGCCAUUGUUUCCCGCGAUGCUCAAUCACCCCAUGGGAAAUUCUACUUUGUCGCCAAGCGCUUACAGGAACGAUUUGCCCACAUCAAAGAAGGUGCCUCUAGCGACCACCAAACUGAAACCGACCACGAAUCCGCUCGCAACGCUAGUCAACAACCAUCCCGACCUUCCACUCGCCAAGAGCCCGCAAAUCAAACACCACUCCAUCUCCUCUCCGAAGUCGCCAUGGGUAGCAGUAAUAAUGCUGCUUCACAACAGCAACAGACGCAAGCGCAUUCUCGUUCUCAGCAACAAGCACAAGCCGCUCUACAAGCACAUGCGCAACAUUCCCAGCAAGCCAUGCCGAACUGGUAUCCAAACAUGAAUGCGCAACCUACGCCUGAGAUGAUGGGGUUUGGCCCGCAACAGCCAUUCGACAUCAACUUUGACUUCACACAGUUUGACCUUGGUACAGGCUCGGAUGCAGAUCUGUCGGCGCUCUUCAUUCCAGAUUCGAUGGCAAUGUGGAGUUACCCCACUGAUCCUAAUAUGCAGGGCUACAACGGAUAUUGA